CGCCUGAUGAAAUACCUCAGGCUAUUCUCUUCUGGGAAUAUUGUCACAAAGGAGAACAAUGAUGUCGUGACCAACACGGUCGAUGGUACGAUAACUGAUAUCUGCCGAUCUGCGCUCGAAAUAGUGGACUCGGAAAUAAGGCAAGGCCUGUGUGGGGUCCCAUGUCCUGUAUUCCAAUUGAUAUGUUCCAGAACUGACAUGCUCGGCAACAUUUACGUCUCUGGUGGUUCUUCCAUGAUACCAGGGAUAGCUUCUCGGUUGGAGGAUGAGCUGAAUAGCGGUGGAAUAUCAGGCUCAGCAGGGCCGGUGAAAGUGAACGCGGAUCCUCAGAGAAA